AUGGCAGUGGCCUUGCAGAAACACCGGCGGGGCUGGGACACUAUGCCCAGCAAUGUCAAAAAGCCCUACGCAAUGACCAUCAUCUCCCACUUGAUAGAGAUGGCGGCCAUGCUCGGCCUGUAUCGGAAAGUGUUUGAUCGAGCCGAGGACAAGUACCGAGCUGAAGGCAACGGCUGCAUGCUGACCGGCACAGCAGUCCCAGACCUUGGGCUUGACUUUAACUUUCAGGUCACCAGGAACCGAAAGUUCAGGGAAACCCGCCUUAUCCCUACUGGUGACGUCAGGAACCUUUGUUUUGGCGUCGUUCCAACUAUCUAUCGAAACCUGAAAAAUACUGAAAGAGCCGGGUAUCCGACUGACGAACCCCUGGACCCCAGUGUACUUCAGGUUGGGAGAAGAACAGUGUGGAUCUACAACUUCUUCUCGAGGCUUAUUUAUCCCAUCUUACCGCGGACCUUCAGUGGUAAAUUCGGAAUCCUGCCCGCGUUGAGCUCAAUACACAUGAUGACUCAAGCACGGGCGGGGAAUCGAGAAGUCGCCCAGGGCGUCUUAAGAUCGCAUAUCCAAGAGGUCCUGCGACUUCUCAAUACAGAUGACGACCGCGCCUCAGACACAGAUCCCGACCGGAACACAAACGUAUUGCCUGCUACGUAUAGAAGGCAGGCGUCUGUUGGGGAUCCGUGA